AGCUAGUCAGUGUGCUACGUAGCCUAAUAACCAUGACGAAGCUAGAAGAGGGGUUGGAGGCGGGGGCCUCGGCACAGAUUAAGAAGAUGGACUCUUCCCAAUAUUCUCGUCAUCCCUCCAUUUAAUCCCUACACAAUACAUCUCACGUUACACCGACAUUAUGGCUACCGUCGUUAUUCAGUACCCAUCGGGUCCCAGCUUCGACCUCGAUUAUUACCUCAAGACGCACAUGCCGCUUGUGUCGAAAACCUGGGGCUCCGAAGGUCUACAGGGCUGGGAGAUUGUAACAUUCUCCGAAGGGUCGGCGUAUCAGGUUCAGGCCACCUUGCGAUGGGACAGCCUGGAAUCUUUUGACAAGGCGGCUUCCGGACCAUCCGCCGCAAUCGUCUUCGGCGACAUUCCCAACUUUACAGCUUCAAAGCCUGACGUAUUCAAGGGCGACUCAAAGCUCACAUCGAACCUUUAAGGGAUGGUCUAGUAGUACCAAAGUUGUUGGGCCAACAGGCUAGCUCAAUUAAAUGACCAAAGUCGCCCAUUCACGAGCUGGUUGAGAAAGUUACAUGUUGUGGUGUGUUAUGACUUUGUACACUCUACUUGUCAUGCCGAGAGCAUAAAUACGCCAUCUUGCAACCUGGUUUCAAGCUUCAGACACCACUGUUUGAUCUUAGCCUCUCUGCCGUGACCAUGUUGUCAUUGAAUACUCCGGUCUUGGCUUGUAAU